AUGAGUGCACCUUGUAGUCUUGAACAUUGUCAUACAAAUCUUUUUGCUCUGCAAAGUUUAAAUGAUAUGAAAUGGAAAUGUUUUCGUCGUUCAUUAAAUUAUCGUUUAGAAGUAAAUCAUUAUAAAGAUCCUGUUUUAAUUGCUUAUUGGAAUGCAUUACGUACUGAUACAUUAUGCGCAUGGAGACGUGUUUUAACAGAUGAUGGACAAAAAACUGAAAAAGAACUUUGGUUAUUUGGAAUAAAUGAAGAUUUACCAUCGGAAUUACCUAAUUUAAGACCAAUUAAUCAAGCAAAUGGGUCAUGGAGUGAAAAUGCUUUAUCUUAUGAUUGUCGAUCAAUGUUAUUUAAAGCCUUACACAAUAUGAUUGAAAAAUAUUUAUUAUCAAAAGGUUUUGCUCGAUUAAAUAAAUGGUUUGUUUUACCAAUAAAUGAUCAUUCCGAUGUUAAAGUGCCAAAUUUUUCAUUUAAUUUCAAUUUUUUUCUUCAUGGAGAUAAUAAAGUAUGUGCAAGUGUUGACGUACAACGUCAUCGAUAUAUUUAUAAUUUAACAAGUAAAGAUCUCGAAAAAACUUCACCAUCAAAUGUUAUCUUAGCACCAUAUGGUAUUAAUGGAAUGCUUACUGGUCAUGUUAGUAGAGAUAUUGAUUUAAAUAUAUUACGAGAAAAUUGGGAAAGAAAUUAUCCUGUUCGACAUAUUGAUGGUUUACCAGAUUUUGUUGAAGUUACUGCUGGUAAUAUUCGAAUGUUUUAUCCAACAUGUUAUGUAUAUAAAAUUGCUUCAAAUAAUGAUCCAUCUUCAAGUAAUGAAACAACUCCUCCAAAUAAAAAAACAGAUUUAUCUUCAACAAAAAAAUCGAAAACACCAACAUCAUCAAAUAUUCAAUCAACACCUCCACCACCACCACCACCACCUCCAACAACAACAACGACAACAUCAUCAAUCAAUACACGAUUAGAUUUAUUAUCAAAUAAUAAUAAAAAUGAAAAUAUUCUUAUUAAAAAUUUAGCUAAUCAAUUAUUAAUCAGUGCACAAAGAAAUAAUUGUAUUGAUAUUGAGAAAAGACAAGAAAAUAAAUGUUUAUCAAUAAGUGAUCCAAUGAAUCGUCGUAUAUGUCGAUGUCAUCAAUGUUUAACAUCAGCAACUCGUUUAUCGACAUUCAUUCCAUUUCAUCGCCGUCCUUGUACAACUCCACCUGUUCUAACAGAUCCGUCCUCAAUUCGAACAAAAAUUGAACCAAUUAAAACUGAAAAUACAUCUGAAUCAAAUGAAAAUACAAACACAUUAACACAAAAUGAUGUUUUAGUAUUACAAUCAACAUCAUCACCAACAGUAAAUAAUCCUAUAUUAUCAAACCCACCAACAACAAAUGAUAAAACAACUGAAUGGUCAGCACCAACACCAAGUAGUGUUAGUAUAAGUGGACCACCAUCUGUACUUGCACCAAUAACAAAUUUAAAUUCUAUACAAACAAAUUCACCUGUACCUAACUCAACAUCAUCAAGGGGUUUAAAACGUUCAGCUACAAUGGCUUUCGAUGAUUUAUCAAUAAUUGAAGAUGAUGAACGAGAGCAACAUAAACAAACAUAUGAUUUUCAACGAACAGAUACUUUUUUACAAUUACCAUUAAAACGUUUUCGUCCUGAUCCAAAUACAAUUAUAAAUAAUAUACAAUCAUCAUUAACAAUAAAUAAUUCAUCAACAUUAAUAAUAACUGAUCAUGUUUAUCGACAUGGUCAACCAACACCACCAAGUCCUAGUCAUUUAUUAUCUCGAACAGAUCCAUAUGAAUUUGGUGAUGAUGAAGAUUCAAUAUCACGAAAUAUAUAUCCACCAUCAACACCAACAAAUAAUAUUCGUCAAAAUCAAACAUCAUUUAAUACAAUUGAUGGACCAUCAAUUACAGAUCUUGAUACAAUUAUUGAUUCACAUGAUACAAAUGAAAAUAAAAAUACGAAUUCAAAUGUUCUUUCACAUAUUCUUUCUAAUGGUGGUGUUAAAUCACCUAUGCGUAAAGAUAAUUCACUUAUACAUCCUAUUUUACCACCACCACCACCUCCUUCAACAAACUUAUCAAUACCUAAUGGUAAUACAUUUCCUGUUAAUAAAUCACUUAAUGGAGUUUUUCAUGAAUUAGAGCAAAUUUAUAAUACACCACCUGGUUCAUCAUCAUCUGAAAAACUUCAAGCAUUACAUUCACCAUAUGCUAUUAUGGUUGAUAGUGUUAGUAGUGCAGCAACAACACUUGAUAUGCUUAAUCAAUUUAGUCAAGAAUCCAUUAUAGCUCCAUUUGAAUCAAUAACUGUUGAUGAUCAUUCAUCAUAUCAUCCAUUAAAAAAAACUUUAUUAACAAAACCAAUAAAACGUUAUGAACCAUCAAAAUCAUUUUCUAUAUCAAUAUCAUCUCAUCAUAAACCUUUAAAACAUUGGAAACGAACAUUAACAAUAAAUGAUUAUUCUUCAAGUCCAUUUAAUAAUCAACAAAUAAUUCGACAACAACCAACACCACGUUCAUCCGAUAUACGUAAUACAUCAAUGUCAAUAUCAAAUGUUCCAACACCAACAAUGUAUUCUCCAAUGAAUAAUAAUCCAUCAAUACGUUCAACAGAUUUACAAUCAUCACCAUUUCCAAUACGUUCUGUUGGUAGUGUACAAGCUUUAAAUAGUCCAACACCUUAUACACAAUCAACAAUAAUAAAUCAACCUGAAGUUGAUUCAUUAUUAUUUAAUGUUUUACUUAAUGAUAGUAUUUUAAAUUUUUUUCGUGAUAUGAAUUUUGAUUCAUGUGUAUUAUGUGCAUGUACACCAAAUGAAUUAAAUAUACGUGGUAUUGAUUCAACAAUUUAUUUAGAAAAACCAAGAGAUUUUCUUAAAUCAUCAAUAUCAACAACAAGUGGACAAAAUCCAACAACACAUUCACCAUAUCAUCCACAUAUGUAUUCACAUCAAUCUUCAUAUCAUAUUCAUCCACAUUCAGCAGUAUAUGCUCAACAGCAACAGCAACAACAACAACAUGUCAUUCCAUCAACAAAUAAUAAUAAUAAUAAUAAUAAUUCAUGUUCAUGUGGUUUUUCUGCUGUUGUUAAUUUACGUUUAAGCUAUUUAUCAGGUUUAUUUUAUGAAGAUGAAAUUGAAAUAACAGGAAUAAAAGCUGAUUUAAAAUAUCGUACAUCAAAUGAUCAAGUACCUGUUAAUUUAUUAGAAUUAAUUGAACGUAAAGAAUGUUUACCAUCACCAUUUGAUUAUUGUUUUAAUAAAAAUAUUCAAACAUCAUUGAUAAAUAGAAAAAAUGAUCAAGAUAUUUCACAAACAUUAAAACAACCUGUUUAUCAAUUUGAAAAUUUGGCAUGUCGUGCAGCAAUUGAACAAUCUCGAAAUAUUGUAAACAGUUCAACUACUGAUGAUCUUGACAAACAUCAUUGGUUACAUCAAUGGUCAUAUUCCACAUCUCCACUUGAUUCUGAUCAACAAUUAAUAACUAUGUUACGUUCAUUACAACCAUUAUUAGUUGAAGCAUUAAAAAAACGUAAUGUUAAUGGUUUAUGGAGUACAAUAGAUGGUCCAUUAACAUGGAAAUCUUUUCAUCAAUUAUUAUAUGUACAAAAUCAACAUGUACAACUUGAAGAACAAAUAAGUGGACCACAACCAAUUCCAUAUCUUCUUGCUGGUCUUGAUCGUGAAUGGGUUAUGUUAGCACCAUAUAGUUUAAAAUUUUGGGAUAAAUUAUGUCUUGAACCAUAUUCAAAAAAUAAAGAUAUUGCUUAUGUAUGUGUUGUACCGGAUAAUGAUUAUAUAUGUUCAAUGACAAAAAUUUAUUUUCGUGAAUUAUCAACACAUUAUGAAUUAUGUCGAUUAGGUUUACAUAGACCUUUAUUAAAAGCAUUUUCUGAUCAAGGUCUUUUACGUAUAUCUCAAAAUACAAAUGAUUCAAUACAACUUCCAAAUGUUGAUCAAUGGUUUACAGAUCAUGAAACAACACAUCCACUUGGAACACGAUUAAAACUUUAUGCUCAAACAAUUAAAGGACAACUUUUCAAUCUUUUGUCAACUCAACCAUUUGAUAAUACAUUAUUAGAAGAAGGUACAUCACGUCGUGAUGUAUUUCGUACUCCUAAUGAUGUUUCAAAUCCAUCAUCUUCACUUGAUCUACAUUCAUCAAGUAAUGAUUUAACAAAUAGUGGUUAUGCUCUUUCACCACCAUCAUCAUCAUCGACAACAACAACAGCAACAACAAUACCAACAACGAAUAAUCUCAUAGCAAAUAAUAUUUAUACAACAGGAUCGCCAGCUACUGAUGUUUUAAGUUUAUCAUCAAAUAAUAAUUCAUCAUUAACUAAUGGUACAUUUGUUAAUGGUCAUCAAGUUGAUCCAAUUGAUUUACAAGCAUUUGAAUCAUUUCAUCAAGGUCGAACAUCAAAUGAUGAUCAAUUUUUUAUUGUUAUCUAUCUUAUUGAUACAUUUCGAUAUGAAAUAACAGCAUCAAUGACUGACGAGAAUGGAAAUAAUAAUACAUCAAUUGAUGAUAGAAUUGAUGCAUAUGUUAAAAAAGCUAUUUUUCGUGCCUAUAUGGAUCUUAUUAAAGAUUUACCAGAAAAAAUUUCAAUUCGAGUUAAUAUACAGCUUAUUCCAUUUGAAGCAAUAGUUAAUCAACAAGUUGAAUCUGAUUCCGAAUUACGUUUAACUCAAUUAAAACGUUUAGCAUUUAAUGUAUAUGGACAAUUGAAACGAACAGUUUCUUAUACAACACGUGCAAAAUCUUUAACUGGUUUUGGUCCAGCUGCAUCUGAAGAAAAAAUGCCAGCAAAAAUUGUUAUGCAACUUUAUACACCAGCAUAUAUACUUUCACCGAAAUCAGAUUUUCGUUUUAAAGCUUUUGCUGAUAUAACAGAACAGACAAAUAUAAAUGGAAGUAUUUUAUUUUGUUCAUAUUGUUUAUCAGAUGAUCAACGAUAUUUAUUAGCUUCAUGUUCAGAUGAUAGAGGAGAAUUAUUAGAAACUUGUUCAUUUAAUAUUGAAGUGCCUGAUAGACAUAGAAGAAAAGUACAACAUGCAAGACGUAUUGGUUUACAAAAAGUAUGGGAUUUUAUUAUGCGUGUUGUUACAAGUACAACAAUGCCAUGGAGAAUUGUUAUUGGACGAUUAGGAAGACUUGGACAUGGAGAAUUAAAAAGUUGGGGAAUAAUUUUAUCGAAAAAAAAUCUUGUUCGUUGUGCAACAUUAAUACGAGAUUCAUGUUCAAUGUGUCAUAUAUUACGUUGUCAUGAUCAACCAGUUAUUUUAUCAGCAUGUUUAAUAUCUAUGGAAACACAUCCAUCAUUAACAGUUCUACCAGAAUCACUUGAACUUGGAGAAAUACGUGGAACACAAGCACCUAAUAAUAAUGCAACAACAAUGCAAAAUGGUGGUCAAGUAUUAGAUGAUAUUUCUGUUACACAUAUUCUUACAUUACCAACAUCAGCAUCUGUGCAACAUGUUCAAACAAUGCCUCGACCUAAUGAUCAUCGUUCAACUGUUGAUAAUGAAGAUGAUUUAUUUAGUAAAUUAUUUGAAGAUCUUGAUCCUGAAGGUCCACCUAAUGAAGCUUUCGAUAAUAUAACAUCUCCAACACCAGUUGACUUAGAAUUUUCAUCAAAUUAUGCUGAUAUGAAUCAUAAUGGUAAUACACAUGGUUUAUCAACAGGUCAACAUAAUCGUUUAGGUAAUUCUUCUAAUGCUCAUAAUGAUUAUCAUAAUAAUCAUCCAUAUGGAAAUUCUUCUAAUGGUACAAAUCUUAAAUCAAAUUCUUAUCAACAUUUUGAAUAUGAAAUCGAUAUGAAUGAUAAUCCAUCUUUACAUCAACAACCAUUAGCACUUGGUUUUUAUGUUUCAACAAUCGGUACAUUAAAUCCAUUACCAUUAUGGAUGUUACAUGGAAAAUUUCAUCAACGAACAAAUAAUUCUUGUAGUGUAUUUAAAGCAACAUUACAUGUUAGUGUACCGAAUGCUCAACAUUCAGAUGAUAUGUUAUUUGCUCAAAGUAAUGAUCAAAAAUUAACUCAUCCAUUAGAUUCAAAUUAUACAUAUGUUGUACUCAGAUACGUUCUUGAAUCUUAUAAUCGUCUAUCAUGGCUACUAAUUGAUGCAAAAACUAAUGAACGUGCCAGUUGUUUACCAAUUCAUAUCGAAACAUUAUUAAGAUUAUAUCAUGCCUUUGUCAAAUUUGUAUGA